AUGAGAAUCAUGCCUGCACCUGGCAGAUUUGGGAAAAAGUCCAAACGUGAGGCUUCUCCAACAGAAAAUGUCCCAGUCUACAAGCCCAACAUCCCUGAGCCCACAUGCAGAGCUGAUCUUCUAAAAUACUGGAUCAACCUUUCCCUGGACGAUAAGACGUCAAAUAAGGUGCUGUGGCUCACAGAGAAUGCAUCUAAGGUGUCACGCAUGACUGAUAAUGUUACUUGCCCUGUGUUGGACAGACCAGAGCGAUAUGAGCACAGCCCACAGGUUCUUUGCAAAGAAGGUAUCUUAGGCUUCAGAGUUUACUGGGAAGUGAAGUAUUCAGGCUGGGUUGUGGUGGGAGCUGCAUAUGAAGGGGCAGGGAGGAAGGGAAGAGAUGGACCCUGUGGCCUGGGAGAAAAUGAAAACUCCUGGGGUCUUGGUUGGGGUGGAUCACACUAUCAGGUGUGGUUCGAUGGCAAUGCCACAGAAAUCAGGGAUAUUCCCCAGUCCACCACUCUUGGGGUGUACCUUGAUCAUCCAGCUGGUGUCAUAAAUUUUUAUGCAGUUGAAGAAAAGGGAGAGGGCGUCAACAGCAAGAAGGAGAUCCAACUGCUGCAGCACAUGGAGAGCUCCUUUAAAGGAAGAAUGUUGCCUGGUUUCUGGGUAGGACAAAACUCAUCAUGCUCGAUAGUUAAAAAAGAGGAAUAAGGCAUUUGCUGUUUAUGUAAUUAUUUUUUACAUUAAUUGUAAACAGGAAUAUAUAUGGUAUUUGUAAAAAAAUGCUACUUGUUUGAGUGAAUUUCUC